GCUACAUCCUCGGCUCACUCAAUCACAACGCGACCACCGACGAAGAGAUUGAGGGGUUUAUCCAAGAAUUGCCGUGUCAUUCUUCCACCCAGUCAGUACGGCAGGUAUGUCACCAGAGGGGGCCGAUUGGGGCGUGGUGGAUCCAGAUUUAAGGGUGAAGGGCAUGAGUGGGCUGAGGGUUGUGGAUGCGAGUGUGAUUCCUAGGCUGUCGGCGGCGCAUACAUCUGCUCCGGUGUAUGCUGUGGCGGAGAGAGCGGCAUACGGGUUGCAGGUCGAAGCCCCGUGAAAGGGUUGUUUGGAGCAGAAUAUGGGAUCAGUGUUUUGAGGUACACGGUCGUCGAUAAUAUCUGGUGGAACGUUUGUUCAAGCAGCCAUAGUCAA